GAGAAAAUACCAUGGGAAUUUUUUUUUUCCGUGGACCGACAAGAGAUUAUAAUGCUGCCAUUAAUGGAGGCGACAAUCCUUCAAUUCCUCACUGACCUUUGCAGCUAACCUCUCUCUCUCUCUCUCUCUCUCUCUCUCUCUCUUUACACACUAACAGUGCCAUCUCUUUUUCACCAUCUUCCUUACUAUAUGUAGUUGCACAAAUAGUGCUACUGAAACCCCUUAAGCCUCAUAUAAUGCAAGACAAACCUUCUCCUUCUCCUUCUUGUUUAUAUCUAUCUUCUUCUUCUUCUUCUUUUAUCUUUCAUCAGUAACCCUACCCUUCUCUCUCUCUCUCUCUCUGUCUUUCUCUUCUCUGUCUCUCUGUUUCUUUUUGUUCUUUUUGCCUCUUAGUUUUCACUUUCUUGGGUCCAUAUGGAUUACCAACCUAAUACUUCUUUAAAUCUAAGCUUACCACACAAUAAUAAAAAUAAUGAUCAACUAAACCUAGAACUUGUUCUUGAACCAUCUUCUUCUUCUUCUUCUUUUUCUUCACCUCAUAGUCUAACAGAGCCAAGAAUUUUCUCAUGCAAUUAUUGUCAAAGAAAAUUUUAUAGCUCUCAAGCUCUUGGUGGUCACCAAAAUGCUCAUAAGCUUGAAAGAACUUUAGCCAAGAGAAGUAGAGAGCUAAGUUCAGCUGUACGAGCUCAUGGCGGGUCAAUAUCAAACCAGUCACCACGUUCAGGUGGUGGGUUUAGCCAUGCUCGCCGGAAUCAGCCAGGUAGUGGUGGUGGCAGCUAUGGAAGACGAGAUAUGAUGAUGAAUUAUAGUGGUGGUUCAAAUAUCGAUGCUUCUGCUUCUUGGUCUAUGGAAUAUUAUAGACCUGAAACUGUUCAAGAAGAGUUAAGUCAAAUUGAUUUGUCUUUAAGACUUUGAGAGAUCAAUUAAUUAAUUAAUUUGCACCCAAUUGUAUUUUUUUUUUUUUACCUUUAGUUAAAAAAUUUUCUCUUGAA